AUGGCAAGUGAAGGUGUGGCAAGUGAAAGUGUGGCAAGUGAAGGAAGACAUGAAGCUAGGGCAAAGUGGAAUGAAAUUCACAAGGCUCACCUAGUAAAGUUAUUAGGUGAGUAUAAUACUCAUGCGUACCGUUCACAAAAUGGAUGGACCAAAGAAGCAUGGAACAAGAUGGUACGUGACAUGAUAACCAAGUUUUCCAAUCCAAGUAUCACCACAAGCCAAGUCAAAGCAUUAGAGCAAGAGUUGAAAAAAACUUACAAGCUUCUAAAAGGGUUUUCUGAAUUAAGUGGGUUCGGAUGGGAUUAUGAAAGACAUAUUGUGUACACUCCUGAUGAUGUUUGGGCACCACUACUAGAGAGGAAUAGAGAUGCAAGGAAGUGGCAUACUAGACCGUUUCCAUAUUUUAUGCCAUUGCAGGAGGUUUAUGAGAGGAGAUAUGCUGAAGGCAAACGAUCUCGUGGUAUAGAAGAUUAUGAAGAUAUCUCCCAAUCACCAGUGCACACCCCAACUCCAAGUGUUUUUACUCCAAACGAUUCAAGGCAACAAUCACCUACACACAAGACUGAGGAUGAUGGUAUCAUGCAAGUGUUACCACCUAGUUCUCAACCACGGAAUCCUCACACUCAAAGUUCAAGCAAUGAAAUUCUAUGGGGACUAAGAGAUCAAGAUGGACAUAGAAGAAAAAGGGAGCGAAAAGGGAAAAAGCCGCAAGAUUCAUCAUUCAAUAUGGAUAAAUACAUUGCAUUUCGAGAGCGCGAGAACAAAGAAUAUCUUGAAGUUCUCAAGGGCACUCAAGUAGUGGAGAAACACACAAUAGAAGAUUGCAUGAAGGUGUUUAAUGAAAUGAGUGCCAUUUUCACUGAAGAAGAAAUGUUCAAAGCUACCCAAAUUUUCAUUAAAGAUAAGAGUUAUCGUGAACUCUUCUUAUGUCUUCAGGAAGAUCAUAAAGUGCCAUGGCUCAAAAUGAUGUUCUCUAAAAUUGAGUAG